AUGGACCGACCGUCUUGGGUGCCCACUGGGGGGUGUCUGGAUGUCUACGAAAGGGCGCAAGUCCCAAGCCUCAAGCCCUUGGCUACAUUGGUGGCCAGCCAUGACUCCCCGGGAAAGGUGACCGGCGAAGAGGGGGACAGUGCGAACGGGGGUCGAGAGGUGGUCAAGAUUGGGAGUGAAGUGUUCAAUGCGUCUCAGGUGACUCUUGGAUUGGCUGAGCAGGUGAGUUCUGAGCCGCCUGGGCUCGAGAGUGAUGGCCCGAGUUGA